CUAAUUUCUCAGCCUCUGACUCCACUAGGAUGGCCGUAAAUUUCCCUUUCUGUGACAAAGAACCUAAAUCGUCAAUAUGAAAGAGGUUGGUCUCGAAAGUACACCCGAACUAGCGGACCCCUCAUGCCAUACCCGGAUCUUUAGCCUUGGUCGUCAAAAAUCUGCAAGCUAUGCUGAUUUCGUUCUCAUUUGAGGAAAGCCCUUCCGAAACCGGGUCUCAGAUAUAUAAAGCUUCCUCCUUGCCCUCCUUUCCUUUUAGUUAUCACCCGUACACCUACACUGCGUACGCAGCACUCCCCAACUUUACCGCUGCAGCAUCGUCUGCCAUGCGCACUUCAAGAGUAUCUGUCUCCCGUGACCGAGAUGUCUCUCCAAAGACCCUCACUCCUCAGAGAAAACAUCGUAAAUUACUCAAAGAUGGCUCUAGUGAGGUGUGGCCAGAAGAGAUCGAGAGGAUGUUUGUUCAAGGUCUUCGAGAAUACUGGGAAUCCCCUUGGGCAACAUACUCUCGCGGUAGAAGUCGUUGGAGAAACCAAUUCUUGGUCGAUUACUUACAGCGGGUUGGAAUAGACCGUUCCAAAAAGCAGGUUGCAAGCCACAUACAGGUCCUUCGCAAUAUGUGGAAGGGCGAAGCAGAAUACCACUUAGUAGCCGGUGGCGAGGAACUAUUCUUUGACACCGGUCUCCAUGCACCGGUCAAAGCAGAGGACUUACCCGACUCCCAUCUAUUAGCAUCGAUGGUCUUUGAUGAUCACUCCCCAGCAUCCGAUCGUUCCGGUGUCUCGGUGUCUCGCACAUCCCGCUCCACUGUCCCCUGCGCAAGUCCCGCGAUGGGUUCCAAGAUGGAACCCGCAAUGUCACCGUAUCCGAACUCCCGGAUGCAUACGGCCGACGACGGGUGUCGUCGCGUGCGGUCCAUGUCCACUUCAGAAAUUGCCUGCACUGAGCCUCGGCGACUUUCGCCGCUGGCAUCUUCGCUCUGGACCCCCGAUAUGUCGGUCCGGCCCACAGCAUCGCAGUCGUGUCCACAUGUUCCAUACACUGCCACACGCGCGGACCUUGACUUCAACCGUGAUUAUCAACGGCUGAAUCAACCCAUGCUCACCGCUGACCCAACGUUCCCGGAUCUCCUCCUCUCGGAUUCUCCUCGGGUCUUCAACUCUUCAUCACUCUUCUCUAGUAUCGUCCCAGGGCUUCGUCCGCCAAUAUUGACAGACUUGUCGCUUUGGGCAGAGGGCAUGCAGCCCGCCACCGUACCGGUGGAUGCGCUUUCCUCGCGAACACAGCCAGCUGACCUAAAUGCUUCGGUUGUGGCGCUGCGUGUCAAACUCCAUCUCCCUCCCAUAGAAGCUCCUUACUCUCCGGCCCUCCACGGCUUUCAAGGAUCGAUCACAUGCGACGCUCCAUGCGCCUCCAGUAUUAGGUGCUCCACAGCUGUUUUCGUCAGAAACCAGUGUGUCUCUCGGGAAAGUAGUUAUUGUUCCGUAAUAGCUACGGAUUCAACCGGACCUGAAGUACUGGAUCACAUCACCUUACUCUUGCCCGAUUCCCAGUUAAGUUGUAGUCGAUGGUUGGAUCCUAAUAUGCAAGCAUGCAUCGUGCAGAAAAUUGUCGUCGAUGAACACGUCAUAGCAGUCAUUUACUACGAUCUCGACAGAGGGCAGUGUGAAAAUUUGCCGUCUGUGGAGCUCACUGGGUUCCAAAAAUACACUGGUCAUGCGGACGAUACCCAAGUACCAACGACCAACGCAUUCAUACCCAGCUAUACCUAUACACCCGGACACUGCAUCCCUCGUACCGUCCAUGCCACUCCGACUUCUCUGUCUCAUGCGCUCACUCCACCUAUUACGAACUCUCCUCUCCGUCCAAUACAUGAAUCGCCGUACAUGAUGUGUUCAUGAACUUUACGACCCUGUUAUUUGUUUAUCAUCGUACGCUUUUCGUUUGAACUGUUUGUUCUAUCAAAAUCGUGGCGGAAGCCAUCACGAACCAUGUUAAUUCGUCGAUUUGGACUCGCGAACAGCUUUUAAUCUGCUUUGCUUUACUUCAAACAUGUAUUUUCUACUGUCUGUUGACAAUAAUGUAGAUAUCGUGUACGACUCACACCAUAAUAUGUCAUUCUAUGUGUUGUUACGACCUUGUAUAAU